GAUUCUGUGGUGCUGUUUAUCGCUUAUUUAUUAGAUCUAUGCAGUUAACAAAGCAGAAAAACAUAAAGAUGGUUACCUAAGUACCGGCAUGGUUGGCAAGGAUUUGUACAUAUCCUUGUCGGAUUUGUACAUAUCCUUGUCAAGCAUGUCUUCAGGUUCUAGUAUUUCAUUCGAUGUCCUAUGGCACCAAAAGUGCCUGGAAGAACUCAGAAAAGUAUUUGUGGAACAUUGAAGAUGUACUAGGGCGUGGAGCAACGGCUGUUGUACAUAAGGCUAUUAGAAAGGAUAAUGGCGAAGGAUGUGCUGUUAAAGUAUUUCACGAUCGUGUCACAUUCCAUCAUUCAUCAGUACCCAGGAGAGAGUUGGAUAUUGUUACAAGUCUAAAUCACAAAAAUGUCAUACGCAUCUUUGGAAUUGAUGUUGAUUCCUCAGGAAUUCAUGUGUUGGGUAUGGAGUAUUGCCGUGCAGGAAGUGUCUUUACACAACUUGAUAAACCUGAAAAUGCUUUUGGAUUUCCUGAAGAAGAAUUUCUGCGAGUCCUUAAUGAUAUUGCUCACGGCAUGCACUAUCUUAAACAAAACGGAAUCAUACAUCGAGACAUCAAACCAGGCAACAUCAUGAAAUUCAUUGAUGACGAUGGCAGUUCCAUCUACAAACUGACAGAUUUUGGAGCUGCAAAAAAAGUUGAUGAGGAGGAAGAGUUUACAUCAAUCUAUGGCACAGAGGAAUAUCUGGAUCCGGACAUGUACAAUCAAGCAGUGUUAAGACGGCAGUUCAAAGACCACGGUCAAACCUUCACUGGCAAUGUCGAUAUUUGGAGCCUAGGUGUGACCUUGUACCAUGUGGCGACAGGUCGUCUUCCGUUCAUGCCACAUGGUGGACGAUCCAACUCACAUACCAUGCAUCGUAUUACAAAGGAGAAGGAAUCGGGGGUCAUAUCUGGUAUUCAGCGUACAGCUGAUGGACCAAUUGAGUACACAAAACAGCUCCCAAAGACCUGUGUCUUAUCACCAUGUUUGAAGAACCUGAUAGUGCCAGUGUUGGCAGGCUUGAUGGAGAGCAAACUGUCAUCACGAUGGACAUUUGAUCGGUUUUUUGAAGCCGUCAACAGCAUAAACAGCAUGAAGGUCAUCAAGAUGUUUGAAUGUAACUCCGGAUGUAAUCUCCGGAUAUAUGUCAGAAAGAAUGACAGAUAUGCCAGUUUUCAAGAAGUGUUAGCCAGGGAAACAGAUAUUCCAGCAGUUGAGCAGCUGAUUCUCUAUGACAACAGAGAACUCUGUGAAAUUGUCCAACAAACCAUGGAGAUCAAUGAGUACCCAAAGCGGAUCCUUACUGGACAACUCUUCCUUUAUAGUCGAGAGAGGGUCGACAGACAGAAGCUUGCUCUUCCGGAGAUACCAUCUUUCCCAAGCAUGCCGGAGCACCUGACAGUGGACAAAGACUCUCACUAUCUCCAUAAAAUCUGUGCCAUUGCCAGUCUCAUCAGCAAAUCCAUAUCCAACAUAAUCCACCAGCAGGAACUGAUGGAGCAGGCCGAGACGCACCUGAGGGAUUUCAUUUUCCAAAUCAUCAAACGUAUCAACAGCUGUGUUCCGGAUAUGUCGGAACACCUUGAGGAAAAUGAGAUGCAUCAGAAAACAUUCUUCGCCAGUUAUUCAUGCUUAAAUGAACUUGUACAAGUAAUCGAACAGAACCACAGCCAAGGUUCCACGCUUAAAAAAGCCAAAAUCAAACUGAGACAAAUCCUUAACGACGAAUCCCCUAAAGAAGUUUUAAAAAAGGCAGUGAACCGCUGCAAUGAGGUCAAAGUCUACAUGACAGUACUUGUAGAAAAAAUGGCAGAGCAUGAGCGAGAUGCCAUGUUUAGUUACGCCAGAUGUUCUGAGGAAGACCAUUGUGUACAAAAGAGCAGUCAUUUAGUGACACUUCUGACAGAGAUGUGGACUAUGUUUACCAAACACAGGAAACAGAGGACACUGACAUCGGAGGAAGAAUUCAUACACAACUCUCAGAAAUUAAAGUCACAAGAAUAUUCAGCAAGACUUCUUUCCAUUCUGGAUGGCCAUUGUCGCAUCAACGUCAUACAGACGUACGAUGUCACCACCAAACAGAUCAGCUUACUCCUGAAAAAUCUGCAGAGGACAAAGAAAGUUGAUCAAAACAUCCGAAGUGUAAAUGACUGUCGUAAGAAACUGAGUGAAAGAAUAGGCAAGAUGGAAAUGGAAUGCAAGAAAAUUGCCGAUGAAGCCAAAGAAAUGGUCCAGUGGAGUAUGAAAACUACUCCCCAAGGCGCAUCAGCUAUGGCCAUGCCUCCCAUUGACACCUUGUCGUCUGGCUCUCCAUUCAGCACCUUCAGCAUGGAGAAAGUCACACUCAGUAUGAAAUCAUUGAUCGAAGGCAGGAGAGAGAUUGAUGACAUGAUGGCACAAAGCAGUUCCAGUUUGGAAGAAUCAUAUCACCUGAUUGAAUCAUGUCUCCACCCGAAGAAAGCUGGACAGCAUGAAGAUCCUGGUCCAUCUGAAAUAGAAACACCUGGCCCAAAAAAGGUCAUAUCUCAUCCAGGUAUCCAAGCCACAUCUGGUGACUACUUAACUGGUAGUUGAGACGUUACCAUGUUGGAAUUUACGUAGACAGUGAUAAGAUUUGUGAUCAUGGUAACACGGUUGCUACUGGUCACCAGGUGAAUGGCUGAUGCAAUAAAAUCUGGACAACAGACGGAUCAGGAAUUCAUAUCGUUUCUUCUCACUGGUUGCCCACUAGAUCCCACUUUUUAUGUUCUUUAUUCAAAUGACACAAAAGAUAUUUUGGUGAUGAAGUGUUUUAGUGUAAAAUCUUCCAUAGAUACCGGGGUAUGUCAAAAUUUGUAAAAUACAUAAAUAAAUAUGAUCAAAUUUUACUCAAUUUUGGUGAUGAAAUCUUACCAAUAUUUGGUGAUUUAUCAUCAAACAAGUUUUAGUAGACCCCAUCAAAUCUGACCUAGUACACAUUCCCUGUGACAGGAAUAAUCUCAAAUGAAUAAGUUUACAGUCUUCUGUCUCAAUUUAUUUUUAUAAAAUCAAAUCAAAAUAUUUGCCUAAUUAAAAUUUAGUCUACUUUGAGGAUUUUAACAGUGUUAUAUCUGUAGAUCCACUAACUUUCUUGAUAUAUUCUGUUUAUUUGAGGGUUAACACUACCUUAUGAUUUGUACCUGAAGUGAUUUGUAUAAAGAGUUAUCUCCGUUCAAGACUCAUGGAAGAGUUAUAUUUGGACAGCAGUGUUGCUCAAAUGGUUAGUUUAGACAGGUUAUUAUUAGAAAGUCUUACACAGGUGAGUGUUUUAGACAGAAUCUUUUUAAUGCAGGUUUUUAAUUUACAAUUAAAUUCACACAAAAACAAAAAGACUUAAAUGCCUGUGUAUUCAUUAGCGGCUUUUUUUUAAGUCUGCAUCAUUAGAUUUUUUGGAACUCUUAUAGAAAGAAGACACAGGUCAUAGUUAGGUAGCAUAUCCUUAAACAUCGGGAUAACAAGUGUGGUUAGAUUUAGAUGUAACGUGUAAAGGAAGUGUGUUGUGCAUUGUCAGGAAGCAAAGGAUGCUGUAGUUAGUUAGCAAAUGUAAUAGAAGCUGUUUUAUAAUCGAAUUAGCAUAUGUGACCAAAUUAUCAUUAGCACUUGUUUUGUUCUCUGUUGCCUUGGAAAGUUUUGUUCUCUGUUGCCUUGGAAAUCCGAUUUUUAACAAAUGAUUUUUACUUUGAUUUAUUUUACCAACUAUAUUAUACUCUAUCCAAAAUCAUAGAUACUAAAAACUUAAGUAUGUUCAAUAAUGAAAAACAUCAAUUUAAUCCAGAUUUGAGUAUCACAUGAUUUUUUUAUUUAUUUUUAAUCUAGAAGAAAUUUUGUUUACUAUUACAAUGUAAGAGAGUGAUAUUGAUUGUGAAGGGUAACAAUUUGAGGAGAAGGACUAGCACUUUGGUUUUAUGUGUAAACCAUUUAAUAUAUUGGUACUAGACCUUGAAUUGUCCUUUACCAGACAUGCUGAUUCUGUUUUUCUUGUUUUCUUGAUCAAAAAGUAAAUCCUGUCAGUUGUCAAAUCAAGUUUCUUAAUGUAGACCUGAUAUUUGAUAUCACUUCAGUGAUAGGACUAAAGUCAACUUCAAAAAAAUACAAUAUUAUUUUGGACAGUUAUAGAUACUUCAUCAUCAACAUAUAACAAGUUGUGUCCAUUUGAAUCUAGGUACAAACUAAAAGUGGGGUAUGUAAUGUACUAUAUAGUAAUCAGUGUACUGAGUUUUCUUCUGGCAUCAAUGAAGCUGAUCCACAACAGCUUAUAUUAACUGAUCAUGGACGAAGCUGAUCCGCAUCAGCUCAACCGAUCAUGGAUGGAGCUGAUCCGCAUCAGCUUGACUGAUCAUUGAUGAAGCUGAUCCACAACAUCUCAACUGAUCAUGGAUGAAGCUGAUCCACAACAGCUUAUAUUAACUGAUCGUGGAUAAAGCUAAUCCACAUCAGCUUAACUGAUCAUGGACGAAGCUGAUCCACAGCAGCUCAACCGAUCCUGACAUCAGCAGCUUGUGUGGUUUGAUGUUUGGCAAUAUAAUGCUGCAGGAUGAUUGAAUUGGUGAUGUAACUUUUUACACCAAAGGAAAUGUUUACCACCAGAUCUGCUGAACAGAAAGAGUGCUUACAUUGAACGGAAAUAUAUGUAUGGAAAACAUGAUCCAUCUAUCCCUUUUCGCCUGAAUCCGCCAUUUAUCAUCAUUGAUAUGUGUUCACAACAUUUAAUAUCCUCGAUUUUCUGAAAGAUCUUUCGAAAACAGAUUUCCAACACACUAGCACCAUUAAGUAAGUAAUGGUUGUUCAUUGACAAAUUCUAAUUCAAGACAAUGAUAUUCAAAACCCGAGUUAAAAUUUCCAUAAUUUAUUGGAAAAUUGGAAAUAACACACAUGCUUGCCAAUGUACAAUUGGUGUUAGAUAUGACCAUUGAUUAACUGGACAAACAAAUUGAAGAUAUAUGAAUUGGAAAAAAUUAUAAGUAAAUUUGGAAGGAAUACUUUCUUUAUCAAAUGUGGAACAUCGGAAAAAUCAGAGAAAUAUUAUGAAAGGAAUCGAGGAAAUCAUCAGAUAUAUAAGAAGAGAUGUGCCAAAUCUGAAGUGUUGUGUUUACUCAGAAGAAUGAAGAAUUUGAGUGUGAUAAAAAAAAAAUAAACGAAAUCAUGAAUUUUGGAAAAAAUGAUUUCAUAGAAAUAGUCUGUCAGAAGUAUUGUGUUUGUUCACAUUAUCAUAACCUAUCGGUUACAACCGCCUACUACAAGUUCCAACAAGGAUUCGUCUCGGUUUGAUAGAGUGACUUAUUAUAUCUGUGAAGCUGUCAUUGAUAUUGACGAUGAGUAAACAGCUUACACAACCGUUCCAAAAAUAUUGCUUCUGAGCUUUUCCAGGAUACCUUCAAACUGUAUACUGCAGUUUGAUUUUAAUGUUUGAAAAAAAUAUGUAACCAUCCUAUAUAUAUUUAUAUAUAUAUAUAUAUAUAUACAAAUGUACAUGUAUAGGAUCUGGUAAGUAAUAACGACUGUAUUGGUCCAAUAUAGGUACUGGAUCCUAACAAACAUGUUCGCUCGAUGCGUAUUACUAGAAAUAGAUAAUUGGUCAUGUAGUAAAUUCGACAAUUUACUUGUCUGUACAGUCGUUAUUACUGCAUGAUCAUUUAUAUAUACAUGUACAUGUAUAUAUAUAUAUAUUACAUAUAUAGAAAACAUGAUAAUAUUUCCUUAUGAAGGUAAGUAGAAUUUUUUUUUUUUUUUUUUAUAUACAUUUGUACAUUAUAUAUGAAUGAGAGAGAGUAACCAGAUGCAGGAACCAAUCAAAAAUGUAAUUUCAUAAUACACAAUUAUUGAAAAGGACCCUUAAAUCAUUAAAUCCUCUGUCUCAAUCCACUGAAGAAAUCUUUAUAAGAAUAAAAUGUUAUAAUGUUCUUAGACUGUUAAAGAGGAAACUUGGUAUAAACCGAUCGGUGUUAUCGAGCUGGUUGGAUUAUGAGCUCACGGACUAUGAUUAAUCACCUAAGGUAAAGUCACCAGACAUUUAAGAUAAAAUAUUGAAUUUCAUGAUUUACUCUCCAGGGACAUUUCUUCGAAUUAUGUCAAUAAAAAAAAGUUGGUACAUUGUAUGUUAUUUUGCACCUACCCAUCCAGAUUUUGGCAUUUCUUUCGACCUGUUUUGUACGUUUGGUUGCCUCAAAACAGCUGUAGCUGGAGCUGGAGCGGUUUCAUUUUGGCUUUCUCAACUCUUAAUUUGUUUCAAUAAGUCCUUUGACUAAUGAGCUUGCUUUGGUUCUUUGAAUUUUAUGUUGCCACCUCAUUUGUGGUUUAUAUUGUUGAUAAAAGUAUUUGGUCCUAUAUGAUUUCUGUAACAUACAUGUGAUUACGUAUCAAUCGUUUUGUAUGUGAUGGAAUUUUUGUUAAUGAAGUAUGCAGUACAUGUGCCGGUCUGUUUUUACAUUGGUAGGAGAGUGUAUUGGUAUGGAUAAGGAUAUUGUGUCCGUGCGUACAAUGUAGGUGUUUUUCUGUAUGAUAGUGUACAAUAUAGGAUAGGGUAUUGGUAUGGAUAAGGAGAUUGUGUCCGUGCGUAGGUGUUUUUCUGUAUGAUAGUGUACACGAUAGGAUAGGGUAUUGGAUAAGGAGAUUGUGUCCGUGCGUGUUUGGUGCUAGGUGUUUGUCUGUAUGACAGUGUACAUGUUAGGAUAGUGUAUUGGUAUGUGUCAGUGUGUAGGUGUUGGUAUUUUUGUGUAAGUGAUUAAUGACUUUAGUGUUAUUAGUAUAUUGCAGAUUAAUGUAAUAUGUUCGGCAGAUAUGUGAUACAUAACAUAUUAUACAAACUAUUAUCCAAUGAUCAUAUAUAUUAAGACAAGAGACAGUGAUGAACAUGAUUAAAUAUGUCUGUUUUUCGAUUCUACUCGAUACAUAUAAAUACAACUACACU